AUGGAGAUGGACAAGAUGCUCCAAAAUGCAGCAGGUUGGAUGCCGCCUCAGUGGUGGCUUGACCCCGCCAAGUCAUGUUACGAAUCCAAGACCUUCAGCGGCAUUGACGAAGCUGGCCGGAUCAGAGAUCAACUAAUGCACUAUCAUCUGCUCAUUCAGCUUCAUUGGCCUUGCAUGUUGGUUCGACCUACUAAGCGGGAGUUUUAUUAUAGUUCCAUGAACGCCAGCCGAGAGUUGCUGACUCGGUUUGUGGCGCUGAAUAUGCAUAGAACAACAAGAUACUACUGUCUCGGUGCGAGUAUGCUUGCUCUUGCUGCCAGUAUCGCGCUGUGCAUAUCAUAUAUAAUGGUUGGGGAGGAUGGAGAGAUCGGUGGUCUGAUGGAUCAUAUUCUUCAUCACAGGCCCGCGGAUCGCGGCAUGAUGGAGGUUUCCCUUGAAUCAAUUAAACAACUAUCUCUGACACGCACUCACCCGAGCGUUUUCAAGAUGAUAAGUGUGUUCCGCGAUAUUCUAUCUGUCGAGGAAGAGGUUGCGCGCGGCACUCGUUAUAAGACGGUCUACACCGGCAAUCAGCCUCAUAAAUUCGAGUGCCACUCGAGAAGAAGCGACGAGGGCGUUGAAAUUUAUAUUCCUUCCCUCGGAUCUAUUGAUUUGGUCAGACAGCAUGGUUCUCAAAAUCCUGCCAUCGCUUUAUCGCCGGCCAUGGGCAAUAUCGCAAACUCCGGCCGCCCGCAUGAUUUGGGAACAACUCCCUCUACUCGCGCAACGAUCAACAGCAAUCAAAAACAAAAUGGGAUGGAUCUAGAACUCAACUUUGACGACACCAUCUUGGACUUUGAUCAACAAUUCCAUAAUGAGUGGAUGGUAGAGGAUGUAGAUGGAAGCCUACUUGGUUACAUUGACUGA